AUGAGUUCCGCCGAUACAUUCAAUGGGGGUUCUGUACAAUCAGUCAAAGAACCUGUUCCUGGGGCAAGCUUGGAAGCGAAACCGGGUGUUACCGAGGUGAAAGCUCAAGUUGAUGCUAUGUGGGAACAAAUGAAUAAAGGAGUAUCGAAUAAAGUUAUUAGCGGUUUUAUGAGCAAGCCUAAAUCUACCUCAAAAAGCAAUCCAAAGAAGAGAUCUUCUAACUGGAUGUCUUAUUUGGGGUUGGCACCAAAGGCAACUGAAUCUAUUGUGCAAGGUGCUUCGCAGAACAAAUCUGUUGUGCGGCAAAACAGUGCAAGUGAUGAAGGCAAGAAGUUUGCUGCUGCUGCUCUUGCUGCAGUGAAAGUUGAUGCUGCCACUUCUGCGUCAAGCAGGGGGAAACUUGUGAUUACUGAGGUUCGAGACUUUGCUGGUCAAGAAAUUGAAUAUAAAAAGCUCGUAGAUUCGGAUUCAAAGGAGGCAAUUGAAAGAGCCAAAGCCCCCGCACCUUCUGCCGUGGAUGCCGUCCUUGAACAGAUCAAGAAGAAAUCAAAGCUCAGUGUUCUUGAUAAGACCAAAAAAGACUGGGGAGAAUUUAAGGAAGAAAAUAAGGGACUAGAAAAUGAGCUUGAUGUUUACAAGAAGAGUUCAAACCAGUAUUUGGAUAAGGUUUCCUUCUUGCAGCGAACAGAUUACCGUGAAUAUGAGCGAGAGAGAGAUGCACGGCUGGCUUUGCAAUCUAGGAAGCGACCAGAUAUGCAAGAUGAUCCAGUAUAA